ACCGGCAUUUCAGUCUCAUCCACGUGGCGGAGAGACACCGCGGUCUAUUUAUCUAUUUAUUGUAGUUUCUUUUAACUUUACCGGAACCAACUAUGCUCGGUUUGUGCCUUUACGUCCCGGUGUCUAACUGUGACCCGGUAGAAGUGGAGUACUUUGAGUCUAACGGCCUCCCGUCGGAGUUAAAGUCUCUGUUCAACCAGCUGAGUGUUCUGCUGCCUUCACAGGAGGCAGAAACCUACCAGAGAUGGAGACAGAAAACUUUAAAAAGGGAAGAAAAUAACUCAGACGCACAGCUGGACUUUCAAGAGUUUGUUCACUAUCUGCAAGAUUACGAGAAAGACCUGAAGCUGGUGGUGAAAAGCCUCAACAGGAAGAAUGCAGGUAACGUCGAUCCUCAGGAGUUCAUGCAGUCUCUUCAGGACCUUGGUGUGCAUAUUUCCCCGCAGCAUGCGGAGAAAGCCCUUCAGAGCAUGGAUAAGAAUGGAAUGAUAACUAUCAGCAGUAAAGACUGGAGCAAAUACCCCAAGGUGGAGAAGACCGACAACAUCCCAGAGAUCAUCCUCUACUGGAAGCACUCCACGAUAUUCGAUGUGGGUGAGAACCUGAUGGUGCCCGAUGACUUCACCGUAGAGGAGAAGCAGACGGGGAUGUGGUGGAGGCACCUGGUCGCAGGUGGAGCAGCCGGAGCCGUUUCAAGGACCUGCACCGCUCCCCUGGAUCGACUCAAAGUCAUGAUGCAGGUUUAUGGAUCCCGAACCAACAACAUGUGCAUCAUGACCGGGAUGAUGCAGAUGAUCAAAGAGGGCGGUACGAGGUCGCUGUGGCGCGGCAACGGUGUGAACAUCAUCAAAAUCGCCCCCGAGACAGCCCUCAAGUUCAUGGCGUAUGAGCAGAUUAAACAAUUAAUCGGCAGAGAAAAGGAGACUCUGUGCAUCGCGGAGCGAUUUGUUGCAGGUUCUCUGGCCGGAGUGAUCGCCCAGAGCACAAUCUACCCCAUGGAGGUCCUGAAAACCCGUCUUGCACUGAGGACGACCGGGCAGUACUCUGGCAUCUCGGACUGUGCGAAGCAGAUUUUCAGGAGAGAAGGACUCAGAGCGUUCUAUAAAGGCUACGUCCCCAACAUGUUGGGCAUCAUCCCCUACGCAGGCAUCGACCUGGCAGUGUACGAGACGCUGAAGAACAACUACCUGCAGCAGUACGGCACCAACAGCUCCGACCCCGGGGUGGUCGUCCUGCUGGCCUGCGGCACCGUGUCCAGCACCUGCGGUCAGCUCGCCAGUUAUCCUCUGGCUCUGGUCCGCACCCGCAUGCAAGCACAAGCUGCAAUGAAGGGCAGCCAGCAGGUGACGAUGUCCGGUCUCUUCAGGCAGAUCUUGCAGUCCGAGGGCCCGACGGGGCUCUACAGGGGCCUGGCCCCCAACUUCCUCAAAGUCAUCCCCGCCGUCAGCAUCAGCUACGUGGUGUACGAGCACCUGAAGACACAGCUGGGAGUGAAAUCACGCUGAAAUUCACCAACCUCUUAUUGUCGCUUCGAAGCUUGAAUGUGACAAGUGACCCUUCCCCCGUCCGUCCCUCCCUUCCUCCCAACCCCCGCUCUCCCAGGGCACCAUGCUAAGGGAAUCCCAGGGACCUUUUGAGUCCCCUCUGGGGGUUCGUGGAGGACUGAUCUCAUUCUGUGAAUGUCAGCUGACGAAAGACGAGACAGGACAGUGAAUGUUAGAAAUGGAGGAUAUGGACUCUGUGAGCUCAGGUUGUCGGGAGUUUGACUGCUGCUAUUUAUAUUUUUUAAAAGAAGUUGUGUUGAGAGCUGAAACGAGACACGUGAGGAUGUGAUUUGUAAAUCAGGGACCAAAUGUUUUUUUUGCUCUUUCUGCCAUUUUGGUGCCUGAGCAAACUUUAUUUUUUUUUUCAUGUUGGUGCGACAUUGUAAGCUUCGGUCGGUCAGUUUUAAGACGCACCGGCAGCAUUCAUGUUACGCAACUCUACUGAGCACAACUCCUAUCUACAGUACAUGGCAGAUAUAGCAUUGAUAAGCUCUUUGAGGAGUUUUAUUAUGUAACAUAGCAGAUAUAGCAUUGAUAAGCUCAUUGAGGAGUUUUAUUAUGUAACAUAGCAGAUAUAGCAUUAAUAAGCUCUUUAAGGAGUUUUAUUAUUCAACAGUUCUGCCUAGAAGGAAGAAAUGAUUUUGUUCCUAAAGGAGAGGAUUUUGCACAUGUGAGUUUGAUCUCUCGUCACCCCCGUCCUGAAUGAAUGGAUUUUCUGAGUAUUUAUUUCCACCCGUCCUGUAUUUAUUAUUUUUAUCGUAGUAGAGAGAGGAGGUACAAUGCUGCAUGUUUUCCUGUCUGAAGAGCCAAAUGUGCAAUUUGAUAAAAUGCAGUGAUUGUAUUAUUCAGGGUGGGAAAUGGAAAUCAGGCAACAGCCUUAACAUGUGGCUAUGAAACACUAAAUGUAGUUGUCUGAUGAUGUUGUUGUGAGUUUGUACUCGUUAAGUCUCUGUGGCUGAUGUUUGAUAUACUGAAAAAUAUCUUUGUUUUGUGCAAACGGUUUCAGAUUAUGUCUGUUAAUGUGUGCAGAUGUUUUGCACUUUAUAAAAGGUAUAAAUGUCUUAAUGUUCACCUCAGGUUAAAGGGCAAGUUAUUGUUUGAUUCACAGAGGAGCACACACAGAUUUCGUUUCACAACAUUUAUACUCGGAAAAAACAAACAAGGGCUUUGAGAAAAGAUGAGCGACAUAUUUGCACUUUAAUCAAUGCUGGAGGGGCCUCCGAACGAAUGUCGUAUCAAUCCAGGUAUUACGAUGUAAUUCUUUUGUAAAGAAUGAGUUUUAGUCUUGUUUUAAUGGACCACUUUGAUGCAAAUAAAUGCAAAUUCUUGUAAUAA